AUGAGAAAAAGAGGGGUAAAGACCCCCAAAGAAAGGCGGAACUCUGGGAUUGAGGAGGACCCCUUGAAAGUAACAGGACCAAAUGUUCCAGACAAGUCUUCAGUUCAAAAUAUAGAUGACUACCAGUGCUGUGGCAGCCUGGAUGUAGAUUUCCCAGAGGUCUGUGCUCUGCUGGGCAUGACCGAAAUCCCUGCAGUGACCCCACGACCCCACAGCACUGUCUCUCGCAGUACUGAGCAAGUACAAAACAGUACAGAGAGCAGCCAAUCAAAUGUGGUCAAUGGCACAGUGACCACGUCCUGGUGCCCUAAACCCCGCCUCCAGGUGGAGCUGGAGUCUGACGAGGAACCUCGUAGUGUCAGGGUGGUCAGAGUGUUUGGGUGGAAGGUGGACGAACGUGUCUCCAGGGCACUGAACAAGACGCUGCCGUCGCUGAACAACCUUCAGAGGCUGUAUCUGUGGCAGGCGGGGUUGACCGAGCGAACCCUGACGUCCCUGAAGACCACGGUGUCCCUGUGCCUCAGUCUCAGGACUGUGGCUUUGGAAGGGACUCCUCUCCCAGAGCAGUGUUACCAUGUCCUGAUUGGUGAAGACAGCAAGCUUGCUCACCUGUCGCUGCGCAACAACCGGAUAGGGGAGGAAGGGGCCCGUAUGAUUGGUGCAGCUCUGUCCACCCCACGCACAGCCAAUAAGAGUCUUCUGUCCCUCAACCUGAGCUUCAACUCCAUCGGGGAUGCCGGGGCUGAAUACAUUGCACAGGGACUGCGUCUAAACCGCACCUUGCUGUGUCUCUCUCUGGGGUCCAAUCACAUUGGAGAUUCUGGGGCCGCCUGUCUGGCAGAGGUGCUGGGUCCCUUCCCGCUGACUCAUGGGGAGAUCGUCGAGAGGAGGAGGCUUCUGAGCAUGAAGGAUUUGCCAACCCAGAGCACCGAGCCCAAGGCGGAGCGCCCUGCGUCCAUCCCCAGCAGCUCCUCUCUGGAGAGGAGCAUGGCCAAGGGCAGCAAGGGCGUGUCCAAGAAGAAGACCCCGCCCAAGAGGGACGACAGGCAGACAGCCAAUCAGGUGGCAGGAAGUGCUGCAAAAAAGGAGGAUUCCAGACCUGCCAAAAAAGGUUCAGAUGCCAAGGGUCCGCGGGCCAGGGGGGCAAAGUCUGGGAGCAAAGAGAGGUGUCCUUCUGUGGCAGAACUAGAGACCAGUGGCACACAGAAUAAGGCAGUUGAGAUCCCAGAGACGGUGAGCCCCCUGCUGGACACAGGUGUGCAGCACAGUGAGGGGCGUGUCCUGCUACCAGGCAACAAUGUCCUUGCCUCUCUCAAUCUGUCAGGCAAUAAGCUGACAGAGCGUUCACUGCGCGUCUUCCUGAAGGCAAUACACGAUCAGGGUGAAGAAGGUGGACUCCUCCCUUUUACUCUGCAGAGGAACCGCUUCCCGCUGCUGAACUGUGACACUUACCUAAAGAUACAGAAAGUCAUAAAACACAAGGAGUCAGUCAACAAACUUGUCUCCCAACCCACAGAAGAGGAACAUGAAAACACAGGCAAGAAUUUUAUGGACUCCGAAGAAACGCAUCUGAACAGCACACACAAACAUCUAAACCUUAGGUCAUUUCCUCCCCAAUUUCUACAGCCGUAA